AUGAAGCGUGCUCGCAUUCAAAACAUCCCAGACGACAACGACAACCACUCGACACACGAGAAGAGCUUAAAUGAGUCCGAAUGCAAGCAAGAUGAAUGUGCACAUUUAUCACCACCAGAUUGCACGAAACCUUCAUCACUUCAGAUUAGACAUUUAAAGCCACCGAAACCGGACUAUGACAUAUUGCAAUUAUUAAUCGCUGAAGAAAAGCGGAUUGGUGAACGUCGACGAAUAAUGUUCUGUGAACGACCGGUUGCUUCAUUACUCGGAAUGACUGCAUCAUGCCCAUUCACUGCCGAAGAAAUUCGUCCAUUAAGAUUUCGUGAUUUCCGAAGAUCGAUCCGAACACAUAUUUUAUUAAUUUACGAAUGGCUGCGAAACUGGCCUGAAUACGAAUCGAUCAGUAAAUUUGAUCAGAUAACGUUUUUGCGUAAAUGCGUUCUGUAUCAUACGAUACUUGAUCCAUGUUAUAUAACACUUCAAAUUGGAUAUCCAGACCGAUUUGUUAUGCAAAAUGGUGGUUAUGUUGGUACGGAUGAAACGUCAACUGAAGGGUGGGAGGAUGAAAAAGAAAUCUCGGGUAUUACCAAACAGAGAAUCUAUCGUCCGCUACUUCGUAAGAUGAUGUCUGAAGUUGUCACUCCGAUGUUAUCAAUGAAUAUAUCAUUCGAAGAAUUCGUCGCACUCAAAGCAUUUGUGUCGUGGCAAGGAGCAACAGCCGAUAUGAGUGAUGAAGCAAAACCGGCGAUGCGUAGUGCGCUGGAUGCUUUAUUCCGGAGUUUACAUAAUCAUUAUAUUACCAAUAACACUGAAGUCAGUGAACGUCUCGGCAAUAUUGUUCUAUUGCUUUCAUCUGUUUUUGCAACUGGUUUGAAGUUCGUUGAAAGUCACCAUGAAAUAGCGUUCUUUGAUUUGUGGCAACUCGACAGCUUAUUGAUCCAAUUACUGAAGUGUAAAUGA